ACUAGGAAGCGCGCUUGUAUUCAGAACCCGUCCAAACGUGAACAACAUACUUUGAAAGAGCGUGCUUUUCACAGCCGGUAAGUCAUCGGUUUUAUUGGAAGUUGAUGUAGAAUACAGACGAACUGUUGCCUCCCCGCUCUCUCGCACUUUGGAUGAGGUCGCCGGGCAAGGACACCGCGCAGCUUCUGCUGAUUUGGACCGAGGAGGACCAACUGACCAUUUGCCCCUUUUCAAACGUUUAGUUUGGAUCUUACCUUGCCGCUCUUCUGGAUGUCCAUCCCAUAUUGAACGCGGAUGAACACGGAUAGCAGAAAGCAGGCUCUGCAUCCUAAUCACACAGCAGAGCGCACUUCAGCUCAUUGACAUUACGGUCAGACUUUUCUGAAGCCAUUUUAAUUUAUUUAUUUACACUGCGGUGCAUUGGAAAGAAAGGGCAUACACCUUUAAGUUAUUCUUUAAGGGUUCAAACUCACCCAAACCCAUUUGGAAACUGACUUUGGAUCUACAUUUUUAUUAUGUUGUGGAUUUUUAUAUCCAAUCAUAUAGGUGGUAUGGAUAUUUGUACAAAAUGAAUAUUCUAUUUGGACAGUGGAUCAUGAUUAUUGCUCAGAUGAGUUGGAGUGCUCCGCAGAAUAUGAAUUAGGCGUUCAGUGCCACAGAUUGCGGGGGAGACAGAAGAGGAGCGCAACCGAACAAACUAAGUCCACCAAGACAAAUGUCAAGACCUCACAUGAUGAAUAGGACUCUUCAUUUGAUCCGAAGUAAUAAUAUCCAGAUCUAACAUAAUAUCAACAGGUCAAAGGCAGCGCAGGAUAACACACCUUUUUGCCAUUACUACGGAGUGGGGAUGUAUCUUUCUAUUUUCUUUUUCCUCCUAAUAUGGGCUCAAGCCCUGACAUUGAAAAACUUGAAUUACUCUGUCCCAGAAGAACAAGGUCCAGGAACAGUAAUUGGAAACAUUGCCAAAGAUGCCAGACUGGGAUUGGAACAGAUUGGGCAGGGAGGACAAGGAAAGAAAGCCAACUUUAGGGUGUUGGAGAAUUCAGCACCACAUCUUAUUGAUGUUGACCCCCAGAGUGGACUUCUCUAUACAAAGCAACGCAUUGACCGAGAAACAUUGUGUAAGAGAAAUCUCAAGUGCCAGCUUUCCAUGGAAGUGUUUGCCAAUGACAAGGAGAUCUGCAUGAUUAAAAUUGACAUCCAAGACAUUAAUGACAACUCGCCUGUUUUCCCUUCAGAUCAAAUUGAUAUUGACAUAUCUGAAAAUGCAGUUCCGGGGACACGCUUCCCUUUGACCAGCGCUCACGAUCCAGAUGCAGGGGAAAAUGGUCUUAAAACCUAUCAGAUAACACGUGAUGACUACAAUCUAUUUUCCUUGGAGGUAAAAUCACGUGGGGAUGGAACAAAAUUCCCAGAAUUGGUUAUUCAAAGACCUCUUGACCGGGAAGAAAGAAACCACCACACACUUAUAUUAUCUGCCACUGAUGGUGGGGAGUAUCCUCGGUCUGGUACCAUGCAGAUAAAUGUCAAAGUUAUUGAUUCCAAUGACAACAGCCCUGCGUUUGACCAGCCAGCUUAUGUUGUUGAAAUUCCUGAAAAUGCACCUCCUGGUAAAGUCUUGAUUGAUUUAAAUGCCACGGAUCCUGAUGAGGGCAACAAUGGACAAGUAGUCUAUUCUUUUAGUGGCUAUGCCCCAGAGAGAAUCCGGGAGCUGUUUUCAAUAGAUCCUAGAACAGGGGUUAUAAAGAUUCAGGGCGAAAUAGAUUAUGAGGAGAGUCCAGUUAUUGAGAUUGACGUCCAGGCAAAAGACCUUGGACCCAAUCCGAUCCCGGGCCAUUGUAAAGUCACUGUUAAAGUGCAAGACCGUAAUGAUAACUGGCCCUCUAUUGGCUUUGUGUCCGUACGACAGGGAGCCAUCAGUGAAGCAGCACCUCCAGGCACUGUUAUUGCACUGGUUCGUGUCACUGACAAGGACUCCGGCAGGAAUGGGCAGCUUCAAUGCAGAGUGCUGGGUAAUGUUCCCUUUAAGCUGGAGGAGAACUAUGAUAACUUCUACACAGUGGUGACAGACAGACCACUGGACAGAGAGGCACAAGAUGAGUAUAAUGUCACCAUCGUGGCCAAAGACAAUGGCAUUCCACCUCUAAACUCAACCAAAUCAUUCACUGUAAAAAUUCUGGAUGAAAAUGACAAUGUCCCUCGCUUUACCAAGUCAGUUUACCUUCUCCAAAUACCAGAGAACAACAUUCCAGGGGAGUUUUUGGGUUCAGUUCUUGCUCAUGAUCCAGAUUUAGGCCAGAAUGGCACAGUUUACUAUAGCAUUAUUAAUUCCAAUGUGAGUGGCGGUGAUGUCAAUACUUUUGUAAAUGUGAAUGCAGCCAACGGAGCCAUAUAUGCAGUAAGGUCGUUUAACUAUGAGCAAAUAAAAUAUUUUGAUUUCAAAGUUCUUGCCCGAGAUGCUGGCUCGCCACACCUAGAAAGCAACGCUACAGUGCGCAUCAGUGUUCUGGAUGUCAAUGAUAACAUACCUGUCAUCGUGCUACCCCUUCUACAAAAUGACACUGCUGAAAUCCACGUACCAAGGAAUGUUGGUGUUGGCUACAUUGUCACAACAGUGAGAGCAGUGGAUAAUGACUAUGGUGAAAGCGGGAGGCUUACGUAUGAGAUCUCUGAUGGGAAUGAAGAGCGUCUUUUUGAUAUAGAUCCAGUGACUGGCGAAGUGCGAACAUCUCACCCUUUCUGGGAUAAUGUGAACCCAAUUGUUGAGCUGAUCAUCCGUGUAUCGGACCAUGGCAAGCCAACCCUCACUGCUGCUGCUAGGCUCAUCAUUAAGGCCUCCAAUGGACAUCCUGCUGAUGGACUGCUGCAUGUGGACGACCAUCAGAACUGGGAUAUGUCACUGCCUCUCAUCGUAACUCUUAGUAUAAUAUCAAUCAUGCUUUUGGCUGCCAUGGUCACCAUAGCGGUCAAGUGCAAGAGGGAGAAUAAGGAGAUACGAACCUAUAACUGUCGCAUUGCAGAAUAUUCACAUCCACAGCUGGGGAAAGGCAAGAAAAAGAAGAUUAACAAGAACGACAUCAUGCUGGUGCAGAGCGAGGUGGAGGAGCGGGAUGCCAUGAAUGUGAUGAAUGUGGUAAGCAGUCCUUCCUUGGCCACCUCUCCUAUGUACUUUGACUACCAGACACGCCUGCCACUCAGCUCACCAAGAUCAGAGGUCAUGUACCUUAAGCCCACUUCCAAUAACCUCAGCGUGCCCCAAGGCCACGUGGGAUGCCACACCAGCUUCACAAGCCCAGUCACCAGCACAACAGACACACCUACUAACCGCAUGUCCAUCAUACAGACGGACAGUUUCCCCACUGAGCCUAAUUACAUGGGAAGCAGACAACAGUUUGUUCAAAGUAGUUCAACAUUCAAAGACCCAGAGCGAGCGAGCCUUAGAGACAGUGGCCAUGGUGACAGCGACCAAGCUGACAGUGACCAGGACACUAACAAAGGCUCCUGCUGUGACAUGUCUGCAAAGGAAGCGCUCAAGUUGAAGGCUACAUGUGUUAGACCACCUCCGUUGGAACAAGAUGAGGACUGUUUGAAUUGUACUGAAGAGUGCCGAGUACUGGGUCAUUCUGACCGCUGCUGGAUGCCGCAGUUCCCUGCUGGAGGAAACCAGGCAGAGGGUGUUGAUUACCGCAACAACAUGUUUGUGCCAGCAGGGAUGGAGAGCGUGCCUGAGACAGAAAGCUACGAGACUGUCAACCCCAAUGGCAAAAAAACAUUCUGUACAUUUGGUAAGGAGCGCCGUGAUCACACCAUCCUCAUAGCAAAUGUCAAACCUUAUUUAAAGGCAAAACGAGCCCUCAGCCCAUUGCUCCAAGAGGUUCCCUCAGCACCAGACAGUCCAGUCAAGGGCUGUUCCACCACAUGUUCUUCAGUAAAGAGUCCGGCUGAUGGCGCUGAAGGCAAGCCUCCUCUUGCCACCUGUUCUGGCUACUAUGGACCUCCUGACGGCCAAUACCUCUCACCCACCAAACAAAACAGGGAGCAUGGGGUGUACCCGCUGUUGCCUCCUUCAGACCCAGUGGCCAAGGUACUUGCCGAGGCCCGCUCCAGAAUCAGUCAAGAGACCAGAGGAGAAAUGGAGUGUGUGCUGGAACAGGUGGAGCCUGAUUUGAGCCGUGAUGGAAUGGAUGCAGACCAGGUGGUAAGAGACAUUGACAAGCUUUUGCAGGACUGCAGAGGAAGUGAGGCUACUGGCACACUGAGGAAGUGAUUAAAAAAAAAAAAAUGAACAAAAUCAAGAUGUUGAGUUUGGAUUCAGAAACUUUUCCAAAAACUCAAGCCAAACUGUCACCAAAAGUAAUACAAACAUGUCUCUUUUGAUGGAGCUUUUCUCACGGUAUAAAAGACUACCAACACUGAGCUGACUAUGACAAUUUUCGUUAAGAAUCAUUUGGCAAAGGUUCAAAUGAGAAAAUCCCAACCAAGAAAAAAAUACACUGGGACAUCUGAAAUUUGAUGAAUUUAUAUGUUACUUGUGUUUUGGAUUUUCAAGAAAGAGCAGAGGAUAGAGCCUCUGGCACCUCGCAAGAUAUUAUCCAAGUGCCCACCAGCUCAUUAGUUUGUUUUUCAGAGUCUUUCGUGAAAUCCUACACAGUUGUAGGUGCAUUUGUUAUAAGUGUGAUGGCCAUAGAAGAUGGAAAAAAGAAUGGACUUUAACAUGACAAUCUGUGAUGACUGACAAAUGGAUUCUAUUGGGACAAUAACCGGCCAAAAUACAGAAAAAAAAACUUUAUGUUUGGUGAUUUUAAUGUGGGUGUUUAAUGUGAUGGAUUAUGUGUGUGAACCUGAAGGGAUUGGUAAUCAGGGCUUUGAUCAAAAGAUUGUGAUCUUUUCGGACUGGUUAGGAUUAUAGGGGACUAAUGCUCCACUGAACCAGAAUUUGAUGUAACCAUAUUUUUCAAUCACCAUUUGUAGCCAUGUGUAAGAUGUGUCUGUCUUCAUGCUUCUAUUCAAACAUUUAUGAUGCUGACCAGUGUCAUCGCACUUCUACACGUGCACAACACGCACAAGCACUGACACCCUGCACUACACACCUGAAAGCAUACACAUUACUGGCCACUUGUGUAGUUGUUGUAUACAUUUACAUCAUAAGCUUUCAGUCCUUUGUGUACAGUGAAUUUCCAUGUGUGUGGCAAUGCCUUAAGGCAAUCACAAGUUGUAUAAAAAGGGACAUUUUUCAUCAACUGUGAAAAAAUAUUGUCUAUAUGAUUAUAUAGAUGCCUACAUGUAAGAUUUCAUGUAAUAUGUCCAAAUAUUAACAAAAUAUUUAUACAUUUUUAUGUUUAAAAAGAAAUGAAGAAUCUUUGCAAAAAGUGUCCUUUAGUUAAGGCCAAGUGUGGGAAAAGAACGACAAAGGACACUGCCUCUUUUUUGAUGACAAAUAUUAAAAAAUGUCCCUUCACAUUAUCACUAUACAUACUAUCAUUCUAUGUAUAAAUGUAUUCGAUUUAGAUGUGUCAACAUCAAAAAAGACAUUUUUAUUCAUUUCAUUACUAUUUCUGUGUAUUGAGCCAAAUUGUUGUGUACAAAAGCUAUAUUGUGUAUUUUAUUAAAUUAAUAUAUAGUUGUGUUGCAAUAUACAUGGGCUUAUAUUGUAUUUGGCAAACGUUGCCUUAGUAGCUGUCAAACUCUGUGAGUUUGCUUUAGUUUGGGUUUUUGUUGGUGUUUUGUUUUGUUUUCCUCCCUUAUUCUGCAUCUUUGCCAAGUGGCUUCAGUGCUUUUGAGAUGUUUUUUUUUUUUUUUUCCUGAGAUUCAGCUGGAUCCAACACAAUAAUUUUUGAAAGCUUAAUGAGCCAGCUAGCUGAUUUACAACGCAACUCAAAACCACCAAGAACAACAACAGAAAAAUGCAAAGACCACAAUAUAACUAUUAGGGUAUUUUCACUGAGCCAAUAUUUACAGGGCAGCUAUAUUCUUUAACAGGAGUUAAUAUGCAUAUGUUUGUGUUUAUCUUUUUUACUUUGAACACGCCCCCAAAACACAAACAAAAACAGCCAUAUGGAAAAUAGAGCGAAUUUUCUUGGUGAUUAUCAAACUGCCUUACUGUCUCUACUGAGAGCAUACAUUAUCUGUGGAGCUUAUGAGACCCCGGUUCACCAGAAUGUGCAUUUUUAAUAAAGGACCAAAGGAGGUGUCCCUUCUGCAGUCCCUGUUAUCUAUCAAUGUCCACCUUCUCAUCACAUGCUAGAAUUCUCCUAGAAAAUGGACAUCUGAAAUUCUAUCUGCUAUGAACUUGAUGUCUUAGCUAUUUAGGUAUACCCUAGUAUAUUCACAUUGAGGCUUUCUUAAAAUAUUUACACAGACAUUUAUUUUUUCAAAUUUUGGCAAGUUUUAGCCACUGUGAAAUAAUAUUGGGAGGUGCUUUUUCUAAUGUUCCUCAAAAGUAAAACAUGCCCAGCUGCUGGCAUGCAUUUUUACCACAAAACCAUGUAUGAUGCACCCAUGAGAGGGAACAGUGGCUUACUGUAUAUAUUUAUUUAGCUCCUAGUGUGUUUUAAUCGGGAAAGUAUAAUGUGAGUUUUAACAGCAAGAAAAAUUACAUUCCAUCCUGCAUGACUAACCAUGUCAAGUUAUUUCUCUUCAUUUGUCACAUUUUUAAUGAAGUUACUGGUUUGACAUACAGUAUCCUCUGCCUUCCUCAUGCUAUUUUUUUCUGUUUUGUCUGCUUAUUUAGUGCUAUUGUGUGUAUUUUUGUACCAAUUUCAUUCACACUCUCUAAAAAGUGUUUGAUUAUUAUUAUUAUUUUUUUUUUUUAAUCUGACCGGCCGAUAUAAAAAAAUCUUUAUUUAAAACUGGGUUAUUUCGGCUCAGAUAUAGCCACGCCUCUCUCUCCUGCCUCCUGUCUUCUGCACUAAUAUUCACCCUGUCUUCUGAUUGGUUAAAUGGUAAGGAUAAAUGGAGAUACACUUAUAUUACGCCUUUCCAUCUUUUUAUGCCAUCAAAGCGCUUUGCGCUAUAUCCUCAUCUACCUACUGGUGACACAGGCAGUACCAGGAGUAACGUGGGGUUUUGUGUCUUGCUCAAGGAUACUUAGAUGAGGUCACAAGAACUAUUUAUUUAACCUUCAACUUUAUAAAACGUUUCUGUGUCUAGGAAAUUCAGGCAUUUCUGGAACUAUUAUUUUCUAUUUGUGUGAUUCAAUAAACAUGCUUUAGUCAUUUCAAUGAAAUUCAGUGUUUGCAUGAUUAAACAUUUUUUACGCCAACUUUACCCUUUUACUGCAAAUGAUUAUCUGCUCCGAAAAUCUAUUACCGACCCCUCUAACUACUAAUAAUCAGUAUCGGUCUUAAAAAAAAACAUAUCGGUCGAUCUCUAUUUUUAUUUUAUUUUUUGUCUUGUUUCCCUCAGUGACCCGAGUGUCUCAGCUUAGUGUAGCAGUGUGUGGGACUAGUAGGCCUGUCACGAUAAUUACUUGAUCAUUUAAUGAUCAUAUAUGAAAAAUGGCCUAUAAUUUUGAUUUUCAGGGAGCGAUAGCUACACAUCAUUCGAGUUAUUCUAGCUUUCCCUUGUCACAGUGGUGCAGCUGGUAGAGUGGGUCAUCCUUUGAUCGAAGGCUCGGGAGUUUUAAUAUGACUCCCCUUUUAAAAAACCCCAUGGGUCUGGCAGCACCUUGCAUGGCAGCAGCACCCCACUGGUGUGUGAAUGUGUGCAUGAAUUUGAACACAUGCAAAGCAUUUUGUGACAUCUGUCAGUGAAAGGUGUGAUAUAAGUAAAGUUGCUUUGCAUUUCUGUGAACAAACUAGCUCUCUGAUGAGGGUGGGACUCACUUAAAUAUACCCACAAACAGUGUGGAGAAUAGUGGUGUAUGAUUCUGCAUAUUUUGGCAUCGAGCCAGUCCAGGUAAUGAGUGCCACUAUUGCUGGUACAAAUAUAAUACACGUACUGUUAAAUAUUUAAGGCAUAUUGCUAAUUGUAUCACUAAAUCUAAUUUUUCAUUUCCUUCUAGUGUUUCUGUGAUAAGUAAUAUAAUGUAAUGUUAUAAUAUGCCAGCAGGAGAAAAAUCAACGAUUGGAUCGUUUAUCACAACAGUUUCUGGAAAAAAAAAAAAAUCCUACAUACAAGUACCACGAGUGGUACAUGGGCUCCCUCCACGUACUUGGAGAGUAAAGUAUAUUUUUAGUUGGUCUUUGGUACUAUGACUACUAAUUUUUAAAACCACAGGACUUGGCUUAAGUGGAAAAUAUUUAAGGAUUUUAAAAUGGGUAGUUUGUGUUGCCUCUCUUGAAAAAUAAUGUUAGCCUGACAUUUGCAUUAUAUACACAGUAGAGAGAGUUCUAAUGAGCUGUUCAAAAUACAUCCGCCCACAGAAGCCAACUCUUGUUCAAAACACUGCCUUUCAUUUAAAUGCAAAGGCCCUUAAAGUUAAACUAAAGGGUGAAAUGGAGGGCAAAUCACUACCUAGAUAGUUGUGACACUUCUUGUCAACUAGUGUUAUUUAAUUUUAUGUCAUUGUGUCCCAUUGUCAUGCAGGAUCAAACAUUCUUUACACCACAUCAAGCUUCUUUGUUUCCAUAUAAAGUUAAAAUAAACACCUCUUUUCUUGCUGAUAAGCAUACUCUACUGUAUAUUGAAUGCUACAAUCUGAAUUCAAACAGUGUCUACACUUGUUUUACUUGUAAGUCUUCUUUUGGAAAAUAUUAAGUUUUACUGCCACAGCUGAGUGCUGUCCCCUCUAACGGUGUUUCCCUGACCCAGCGACUGUCUGUUGGUGUGUAAACUUCAGGUUAGAAAGUAGCUGGUUCUUGUAUAUGGAAGGAACUCUAAAGCCAUGACUCCUCUCCCAGUCUAUUUACUGUCCAAUAGCGCAAGGUCUGAUACUGACGUCACCACAUAUAGAUACUGGAGCACAAAACGAGGCCUCCGAGAUUGCGGUAUGUUAUCAUUCCAAGAUGGAGAAGUAUUUCAUAAAUCUGCAAUGGGUUUUUUCAGUACAUUGUUCGGUUUUACCAGAUUAUUAGGGCAAGGUCUUGUAAUAUGUGGCUCAACCCCAUUGUCUCACUAAUGGCGCUGCAAGUACAAACACACCUACAACAGGCUGCUUUGGUCAGUGCAGCAAACAUCUUGUGUUUGUCGGUGUCAUCUUUCCCCCUCCCUUAAAACCUGUACUGCACAGUAUAUUGCUCCACGCUACAACAGGCAACUUGUGAAGAACAGAUAAAUCCAAAUGGAUUAUUUAAACUGCUAUUGUCUAAAGGCUUUGUUCAUUGUGGAAA